AGAACAAAGUGAAGAAGAAAGAAAAGCUCUUUAAGAGUGGAGUGAAAGAUCGAAAAUUUAUUAUGACCCAAAGAGUAUAUCUCUCUCCAGGAAGUUUUAUCUCGAUCAAUGGUUUAUUAAUGGAAGAACUGAGCGAAGAAGAAAGAAAACCUCUUAGAAGAAGCAAAAUUGCUCCCCAGCCUUAUGCCGCUCCAAUCCGACAUCACUCUAGGUUUUCCCAGCUUUCUCGACAAACUCUUUCCCGAUUUUCUUCCUCUCUUUUCUUCUUCAUCGUUAGUGGCUAUGGUUACUCUGAUCUUUUGUUUUGUUUUUUUUUUCUUCUCUCCCUCCACCGCAUCUAGAAACUUAUCCCCCAUUUGAUUUAAGUUUUUCAUCCAUCCAUGAUAAAUUUAGAUUCUUGGAAUUUUGGAUAGAAUAGAUCAGGUCGCAAAGUAGACAGAGCCACAGAGGAGAGGGCGAACGCCGAGAUGGAGGAACGCUGGAGAUGGAAGACGACUUAUGCCGGUGAAAAGCCUCUAUUAUUAAAUUUUUUUUACUGGUUUAGCAAGUUCCCAGUAACCUGAGAUCAAUUUGGGAAGAGAGCCCAUAAAGUUAGGAUUAUUUUAGAAUUACCCAUAGUUGAGAUUAAUAUUGGAAGAUGAGUAAUAGUUGAGAUUAUUUAUGUGACUUUUUCCUAAACCAGUGGCGGAGCCAGGAUCUAGGGUCAGUGGUGUCAAUUGAGAAAAUAAUUAUUAUACCAAAAUGUGUAAAUAUUAUAAAUCAAAAUAACAAAAAUUGUCAUUUAUAA